UUCAUUUAAAAAUGUUUAAUUUGUACCAAAUAAAAGUUAUUCAAAAUUGAAUAAUGGCUUAUUUCGUCAUUUUGUCGCGCAAUGGCUUUUUGCCCUAAUAGAUAUGCUCUAUUUCUACGUUCUUAUGUCUGUGAUACAGCGCUGUAUUUAAAGGCGGUUUUGUAUGUCACCUAACCUGAUAAAUUCACUGGCCACGUAUUAAUAACAUGGCUAUCCGCGACAUACAUAUGGUUCAGGACAUGUAAUUUGCGAUAAAAUAGUGAUGUGAUUUGUUGACAAAAGAAGUAAAUUGUAAUACCUUUGAUUUCAUUCAGUCCCGAAUUUAAUUCAACGAACGAUAUGGAGGUUUCUUUAUAGUUGUCAUCGAUGUGUUGUUAGCUUUAAAUGCUUCGUAUUUUAACCUGUAAUCUAACUUGCCGGUUAGAACCAAUUCAGCAAGUUAUGAACUUGAUCAGUUCCAAAAAAUUGAGCAUUACUAUACAAUAAGAAAGAUGAUUUCAGGAUGGGAAGUAUACUUUUUGACGUUAUCAACAUUGUUGCUUGCUUGUUGCGUACAAAAUCUUCAGAGUCUGGAGGUAAUAUAUGCGAUAAAUGCUGGUGGAGGGUCACACACUGAUAGUUAUGGAAUUCGCUAUGCUAGAGACCCUUUAAUGGGUAAAGUUGGAACAGCGUCUGAUUAUGGCAAGCAGCUAAUUAUUGGACGCGUGAAUGCCAUUGAUCAAAUACUGUAUCAAACAGAACGUUAUCAUCAUAGCACUUUUGGCUAUGAUAUCCCCAUUAAUGAAGAUGGAGAUUACGUUAUGAUAUUGAAGUUUUGUGAAGUUUAUUUCAACUCUCCUAAUAUGAAGGUGUUCGAUGUAGUGUUAAAUGGAGACCAUACCGUUGUUACUGACUUAGAUAUUUUUGAAAGAGUUGGUCGUGGUAUAGCACACGAUGAAUAUAUUCCAUUUAAAGUUCAAGCUGGAAAAUUAAUAUACAACGAUGAAGAGUCUGAUAUACUAGCUGGAAAAAUCAGAGUGGAAUUCAUAAAAGGUUAUAGAGAUAAUCCAAAAAUAAAUGCCAUUGCUGUUGUAAAAGGAAGUAUAGAAGACAUACCACAAUUAGGUCCAAUUCCUCAAGAACCAGAAGAGUAUCACAAUAUACAAGAAGACGAAGAAGAAUCUACAGUUCGUAGUCGGCACACAAGUGGUCCAAGAACUCCAGAUCCUUAUUCAAUUGAUGAUUCUUCAGUAAUGUUACCAGUCUUUGUAGCUAUUGGGGCAUUUAUUCCUUUAUUAUUUUGCCUAUGUAAACUAUAGGCAGCAAAAAUUUUGUGCACAUAAAUGCCUUGUACUUAAGAAUAAUAGUGUUCUAAUCAUCUUAGGUCAAAUUAGCGCAUGAGAAGCUGCCUAUGUUGAUUCUGUACAUAGAAAGAACAUUCUUGUUUUUAAGCUACGUCAUUGCACUUUAUUGAAGCUGUUUAUCAUUAAUUUAAUGAAAUGAACAUAUCUAUAUAUAUGUUUUUGUACAAUGAACUACUAAAAUUAAGAACAAAACUAGAGACAUAGAAAAGGUGGGGAUUUGUGCAGUCAUGACUUUUGUUGCGAAUUUAAUGUGUUCAUUCACGAGUUAUUUAAUUUUUAACAAUAGAAUCAAGUUAGGAAUUAGCGCAAAGGUUUGCACAGAUCUUAUUCAUCUUUUCUUCUACAACUCAAUUCCAAGUAUUGUACAUAUGUUGCAAGCACAUAUUUAUUAAGUUUAAGAGAAACUGGUAACUUCAUAGAAGAAUAUAUCGGACUUCGAUACUAGAGCAACAAAAACCAUCAAAAUGGUGGGUUUCAAACUUCUUCAUUUUAAGUCAUAAUCAUGAAAGGAGUUUUUUGUUAAACUGUACAUCGAUGUUUGUGUACAAAAGACAAAGAAUGAUUAUGUAUGCUAUUUUAUUUUUCAUUGUAUAACGUCCAACAUCGGUUGCUCUAGUGUUAAGUGUGCUAUGUAAUUAUUUUGCCAUACGCACAUGUAAUAACGUUAUAAGUGAAUUUUAUAAUUUAAUAUCGUAGAAAAUGUACGAAAUCACUAUCUUAAUUAUGUUUUGAAUAAUUUUUAUGUGAAAAGUUUAUUUAUCUUUAUAAUCGGUACGAUUGUAUUUAGUCAAAAAUGGGAACGAAUCCAAUAGUCCGUCAGAUACCAAAGUGAUUUCACUCUUUUGCAGAUAAGAGCAAAUAAAGCUGUUAUUAUUGUCC